AUGGAAGGAGUAGAUGAUGAAGAUGGUUGCGAUCCAUGUGGCUGUGAUAUGGAUGGUUGCGAUCCAUGUGGCUGUGAUAUGGAUGGUUGCGAUCCAUGUGGAUGCGACACAGAUAGCUGUGAGCCAUGUGGCUGUGAUAUGGAUGGUUGCGAUCCAUUUGGCUGCGAUCCAUGUAGCUGCGACACAUAUGGCUGUGAUCCAAGUGGAUAUGAGGCCGGUGGCUGCGAUCCAAAUGGAUGUGAGUCAGCUGCAUGCGAUCCAAAUGGAUGUGAGGCAACUGGACUAUAUGACGGACGUAUAGUCCUAUGUCCCUGUGAUGGCAAACCCAGAGUCUGCAUGAAAGUAUAA